CGCGGCACUAUAUAUUUGUUACUGUUGUAGUAUAUAAGUAGAUUGCACACAUUUUAAGUAAUAAUUUCUACGAUUUAUAUAACAAGUGAUUUCCCGCUGAUACAAUUGCUGCUUCUUGCUGUUUAAUCAGUGGCUACAGCUGUGAUACAACGAACAAAAUAAUAAUCUAAAUAAUACAAGCGCCUCGUGAGCGGAACGCGUUUUCUAAUUCCCGGUGCAAAAGUGUAGCAGCUGAAAAGAAAAAGAAGAGCAGUAAAGCGGCAGCCAAACGGUCGAAAGAUGCCUUCCAGCGAUCCACUGCCACCCAAGGAGGGUGCACUUUUUCGUAAAUUAUUGAAAUGCUACGAAAUGAAGCAGUACAAAAACGGCCUGAAGCUGGCCAAGCAGAUACUCUCAAAUCCCAAGUACACUGAACAUGGCGAAACAUUGGCCAUGAAGGGUCUAACGCUAAAUGGUCUGGGACGUCGUGAGGAGGCCUACAAGUACGUGCGUCUGGGUCUGCGCAACGAUUUGCGUUCCCAUGUGUGCUGGCAUGUGUACGGACUGCUGCAGCGCAGCGAUAAGAAAUAUGAUGAGGCCAUUAAAUGCUAUCGCAAUGCCCUUAAAUGGGAAAAGGAUAACUUGCAAAUAUUGAAGGACUUGUCGCUGCUGCAAAUACAAAUGCGUGAUCUUGAGGGUUACAAGGAGACGCGUCAUCAUUUGUUUACACUGCGUCCCUCGCAGCACGCUUCCUGGAUUGGUUUCGCCAUGAGCUAUCAUCUGCUGGGCGAUCACGUUAUGGCCAACAAUAUACUGGAGACUUUCAGUCAGUCCCAGACGUCCAUUGAGGCCCAUGAUUAUCGCCAUUCGGAGUUGCUGCUUUACCAGAAUCAGAUACUCAUUGAAUCUGCGUAUUUGCAGCAAGCUCUCGAUCAUCUGCUCAAGUAUGAAACGCAAAUUGUGGACAAGCUGGCAGUGCGCGAAACUAUGGGAGAUUUGUACAUAAAGCUGCAGCAGCAUGAUAAGGCCGUUGCCAUUUACGAAGCGCUCAUACGUCGCAAUCCUGAGAAUGUGCUCUACUAUGAGCAGUAUAUGCUUGCGCGCCAGGUCAGUGCGCCUAGCGAUAUUGUGGCCGUAUAUCGCGAGUUCCAAGCCCAAUAUCCACGCGCUCUUUGCCCACGUCGCCUGCCAUUAAACAUUGCACAGGGCGCCGAGUUCACUACGGUGGCCGAUGAGUAUCUGCGUCGUGGCUUACGCAAAGGCAUACCACCUUUGUUUGUCAAUGUGCGCACGUUGCAUCAGGAUUCGCAAAAGGCGGCCACCAUUGAGUCGCUGACGCUGCAGUACUUUGAGAAUUUAACACGUUCGGGACACUUUUCGCGCGAAGACGCGGAUGCGGGCUUGCCCGUGGAGCCAGCAUCGGCACUGGUAUGGACAGCAUUGUUUCUGGCCCAGCACUAUGAUUAUAUGCGUGACACAAAUCGUGCGCUGGAGUACAUUAAUGUGGCCAUUGAUCACACACCUACGCUCAUCGAGCUGCUUAUUACGAAGGGGCGAAUCUUCAAACAUGCCGGCGAUCCGGUGGAGGCCUAUGUGUGGCUGGACGAGGCACAAAGCAUGGACACAGCUGAUCGUUAUAUAAACUCCAAGUGCGCCAAGUAUAUGCUGCGCGCCAAUAUGGUCACGGAGGCUGAAGAGAUUUGCGCGAAAUUUACACGCGAAGGCGUCUCGGCCAUGGACAAUCUUAACGAGAUGCAGUGCAUGUGGUUCCAAACGGAGUGCGCUAUCGCCUUCCAGCGCAUGGAACGCUGGGGUGAAUCGUUAAAAAAAUGCCAUGAAGUUGAUAGGCAUUUCUCGGAAAUUAUCGAAGAUCAAUUCGAUUUUCAUACCUACUGCAUGCGCAAGAUGACGCUGCGUGCGUACGUCGGUCUGUUGCGUCUGGAGGAUGUGCUGAGAAAACAUCCAUUUUACUUUAAGGCCGCCAGGUGCGCCAUUGAGGUCUACAUACACCUCUAUGACAAGCCGCUGAAAUCGGAGGCCACCAUUGAAGAGAUUGACAUUGAGAACCUGCCGCCAUCGGAGCUGAAGAAGCUGCGCAGCAAACAGCGCAAGGCCAAGAAGAAAGCAGAGCUGGAGAGCGCACAGGCGCAGCAGGCUCAAGUGAAACGUGAACAACAUCAAAAGUCUAAGCAGACAGCGAAUCAGGAGACGGAUCCGGAUGCACCGCAAUUGGAUGAGCUGAUACCGGAGAAGCUAGAACGCACCGAUGAGCCGCUGGAGAAGGCAAUUGAUUUCUUGAAGCCACUGCAGCAAUUAGCCAAAGAGCGCAUCGAAACGCAUUUACUGGCCUUUGAGGUGUACUAUCGCAAGAACAAGCUGCUGUUAAUGCUGCAAUCGAUACAGCGUGCACGUGCUUUAGAUGCCACACAUCCUGUGGUGCACAGCAGUAUCAUACGCUUCAUGAAGGCAUUGAGUAUUGCUCGCAAGCAGCAAGCAUUCAAUGAGCAUGUGCAGCAGGUACUCGACAAGGCCACCAAAGAACUGAUAGGCAGCAAAACGCCCCAACAGCUAAACGAUGAAUUCAUUGCCAAGCACCAUGCCACUUCCAUACUGCAUUUAUACGAGGGCGCUCGCGGCAUGUAUGAGCUGGACCCAAGCAAAAAGCAGGCGGCCAUUAAGUUCAUCACCGGCUUUAAGCUGGACAAGCUGCGACUAGAGGAUGCCAUUAAGAUCUACACGGCGUUGCGGGACGGCGAUGUGUUUGGCGAGUGUGAACAGGAGGCGGAGAACUAUAAGCUGGCGUGUCAGGAGCGCUUCCAGUAUGCGCGCAUCUUUCGCAAUGUCGAGGAGCUAGAGGCGCAACUGCUGGCUAAGGAGGCAGCCAAGCUGCGUGCCGAGCAGGAGCAGCAGAUGAAUCAUUUGGACACCAAUGAGAUAACGUCAACUGGCACUGCAGCAGCGUCUUAGAAGCAAGCUGGCACAUCUACAGAUUGCUGCGCGAUUAAUAACAACAACAACAAACACAACAACAACAACAGCAGCAGCAGCGGUAGCAGCAGCAGCAUACCUUACUACAA